UAAGAAUAAGAAGAGAUAGCUAAGAGAGAGAGAGAGAGAGAGAGAGAAAGUGAAAGAGCUUCAGAGUUAGAGAGAGAGAGAGAAGGAAAUGGCGGCGUCUCUCCAAGCGGCGGCGACGUUGAUGCAGCCGGCGGCGAGGCCCGGCGUGGCGCCGCUGCGGCUGUCGUCGUCGUCGUCGUCGUUGUCGCACGUGUCGAAGGCAUUCGGGCUCGAGCCCGCGGCUUCGGCCCGAGUCACCUGCUCGGCCCACCCCGACCUCCGCCAUGUCGCACAAAAGUGCACCGACGCCGCCAAGAUCGCCGGCUUCGCCCUCGCCGCCUCGGCCCUCGUCGUCUCGGGCGCGAGUGCGGAGGGAGUGCCGAAGCGGCUAACCUACGACGAGAUUCAGAGCAAGACGUACAUGGAGGUGAAGGGCACGGGGACGGCGAACCAGUGCCCGACGAUCGAGGGCGGCGUUGACUCCUUCGCCUUCAAGCCCGGCAAGUACUACAUGAAGAAGUUCUGCCUCGAGCCCACGUCGUUCACCGUCAAGGCCGAGGGCGUCAACAAGAACUCCACGCCCGAAUUUCAGAAGACGAAGCUCAUGACCCGCCUCACCUACACCCUUGACGAGAUCGAGGGCCCUCUCGAGGUCUCCCCUGACGGCACAAUCAAGUUCGAGGAGAAGGAUGGGAUAGACUAUGCCGCCGUGACCGUCCAGCUCCCCGGAGGAGAGCGGGUGCCGUUCCUCUUCACGAUCAAGCAGCUCGUCGCCACCGGCAAGCCGGAGAGCUUCGGCGGGCAGUUCCUGGUGCCGAGCUAUAGAGGCUCAUCAUUCUUGGACCCCAAGGGCCGGGGCGGGUCGACCGGGUAUGACAAUGCAGUGGCGCUGCCAGCCGGCGGGAGAGGGGACGAGGAGGACCUGACCAAGGAGAACAUCAAGAACACGGCAUCGUCGACGGGGAAGAUCACGCUGAGCGUGACGAAGAGCAAGCCGGAGUCCGGGGAGGCGAUCGGGGUGUUUGAGAGCGUGCAGCCGUCGGACACCGAUCUCGGCGCCAAGGUGCCGAAGGAAGUGAAGAUCCAGGGGAUCUGGUAUGCCCAGAUUGAUCAGUCUCCUUAGAGAUCCACAAUGUUUUGAUGGGGUUGGGAUCAACAUAAGCAUGUACUUUGAGCAAUCCUCAAGAUCUCUCUUCAGCUAUUUUUCUCUUGUUUUUAUUCCAAGGGACUACUGCAUAUAUGUGCUUAUAUGUUGUUAAAUAUUAAUCUAAUGACUUUGAGUAUGGUUUCA